CUGACCGGGAAGCGUGUACCUUUGUUUGGGGAAAUAACUAGCUUUCCGCUGUGCUUGGACUUUGUGUAGCUAUUUCGGCUUAAAAAACAACAACAAUUCAGCACUGACUUUUGAAUAGUCCCGAUUCUUGUGCCGUGUUAUUUGAGCCAUUAGGACGACAGCGUCGGUGCGAGAGUGACCCGAAGGAGGACGUUUAGCACCAGAUUUUGCAGUGUCUGCAGCUAUUGUACCGCCUUGAGAGACCAUGUCCGAUUUAUUUCUGCUGCUGCUGAUAAUUGUCCUUCUGCUGUGUUUGGUUGGGACGGUGGGGAGCUUACUGCUGUACUCGGGGGUCCUGUCAGACAUUGUCAUUAAGACUGGACCGCCUCCAAUUAGAAAUGUCACCAUUGCUUAUAAGUUUAAAGAGGGACCAUACAAGGACUGCGGUGCAGCCUACACUGAGAGCUGCAGCAUUGGGCCAAAGCUGAACGCCAUCGGUGUCUUCUACGAUGACCCCAAGCAGAGGCCACCAGAGAAGUGCCGCUACGUGGUGGGCAGCAUCCUGUGUGAGGGUGAAGAGAAGCCAGAUGAAGAUCUGCAGAAGCUGUAUGAGAAGUUUGGCUUCAAGGUGUUUUCUAUGCCAGAUGUGAGCCAUGCUGUGACCACCAGCUUUCCUUGCACCACCCCUCUGUCCCACGUGCUCGGGCCUUACAGGGUGUACCCCAGAAUUGCUUCCUAUAUUGAGGAGAGGAAGCUUUGUGCAUUCCCAACUAUUGAGAUCUACAGUUCGGAUGUCAUCAACUAUAUGGUUCCGCUGUCUCGUCAGACGGACUUCUUUGUACCAGAAAUGAAAGAGGAGGUCAGAACAGAUGUGAAGGAAGAGGACUCAGACGACGAUAGAGGAACCGACAUUACAGGUGCAGAUUCCCACAGUGAUGUGAGCUCAGUAAGCGGUGGCGUGCCCUGGGACAGCAGAGAGACGUCCCUGGCUGUUUCCACAGCCGCUUCCAUGGCUUCCUCACUGCCCCUGAGAGACGUUUUAGAUGCCAGCGAAGACCUUAAAUACAGGGACCAUAGCGACAGAGGCUCUAAUGACUCAGUGGGCAGUGGCUCCUCCUUUGAAGAGCUUGACAUGGAUCAGGAGGAGCUGGGGGAAGGUGAAGAGAGGGUGAAGAAGGAAUAUCGGGAAGAGGAGGACACUCCUGAAGGUGAAGGCGGAGCUAGAGAAGGAGCUGAACUUGCGGCUGAGAAGAAAGAGCGCUUAGGGGAAGGAGAGGAGUAGGGAGGAUGCUGAGGAGAUAAGGGAUGUAGCCACGUAACACUGGCAUGCUGGAGAGCUUCUCAGCUGUGCUGUUGCUGGUUAUCUGUCAUGUAAUCUUGUUGGUGGAUCUAAAGCCGUUAAUGUAAUGACCAACAUGCCGUAUUUCCGCGCCUUCUAAAUCUCUUUUUGAAGCCUGUACUUUCUGUUAUACUCUAAUCUCAGUUCAAAAGAAAAAAGAAAAAAAAAUCUGUAUCUCUGCCUAUACAAACAUAC